GGAAGGCGAAAUCCGCCGAAAUGUCAGCUUAAAUACGAAGAAUCUACGUUUUUUUUAUUUCAGUUCCGAUGUACAAACUGUGGUGAAUCUCGUGAUUACUGGCAAUAUGUUGUUGUGAAUGAGGUCCUAGAUAUUCCUGGAAGCCGUGGAGAAGCGAAUCUUGUUGAAAAAUGCAAACUUUGCAACCGAAUGAGUACUGUUUCAAUCGUCAAAGAUUCACUUGGAUCGUACAGUUCUACUGAGCAUAACGAAGAGUGGCAGUCGAUGAUUCAGUUGGAUUGUCGCGGUCUUGAACCUAUCGAUUUUGAUUUUAGGGUGAGUCCCGAAUUCAACCUGGCCAAAGUCGGUACCGGGUCCUCACCACCACAGCCAGUCGCCGCCCUUGUGAAUCAGAGGGAAAUUUGUUACCAUGCCACUAGUUUGAUACCAGGACGGUAG